GGGCACGCGGCGUCAGUGUCAUGGCGGCCUCCACGGUGGGCUGUGGCUGGCGCCCGCUACAGCUUAACAUCCCUAGUCUGUGCCGCAGCGGGCCGGGGCCCCGUAGUAUGUGGGCGUGCGUGCGGCGGCUCCCGGGGCCCGCGGUGACCCGGAGGAGCGUGGUGGCAACCAGUGGGCCGGGCGUCUCGGGCACUGACCACUACUGCCUGGAGUUGCUACGGAAACGAGAUUAUGAAAGUUAUUUAUGUUCCCUGCUGCUCCCUGCCGAAUCCCGAAGUUCUGCUUUUGCAUUGAGAGCCUUCAAUGUGGAACUGGCUCAGAUCAAGGACUCAGUCUCUGAAAAAGCAAUUGGACUGAUGCGAAUGCAGUUUUGGAAAAAAACUGUGGAAGAAAUAUACCAUGACAAUCCACCACAUCAGCCAGUGGCCAUUGAACUGUGGAAGGCUGUCAAAAGACAUAAUCUGACUAAAAGAUGGCUUAUGAAAAUCAUUGAUGAAAGAGAAAAAAAUUUAGAUGACAAAGCAUAUCGUAAUAUCCAGGAACUUGAAAAUUAUGCUGAAAACACACAGAGCUCUCUUCUUUAUUUAACAUUAGAAAUAUUGGGUAUAAAGGACCUUCAUGCAGAUCAUGCUGCAAGUCACAUUGGAAAAGCACAAGGUAUUGUCACCUGCUUAAGAGCAACACCCUAUCAUGGUAGCAGAAGAAAAGUAUUCCUUCCUAUGGAUAUUUGUAUGCAGCAUGGUGUUUCACAAGAGGACUUUCUACGGAGGAACCAAAAUAAAAAUGUGAGAGAUGUAAUAUAUGACAUCGCCAGCCAGGCACACUUACACCUAAAGCAUGCUAGGUCCUUUCACAAACGUGUUCCUGUGAAAGCAUUUCCUGCUUUUCUUCAGACGGUUUCUUUAGAGGACUAUUUAAAGAAAAUUCAACAAGUGGAUUUUGAUAUAUUCCAUCCAUCUUUACAGCAGAAAAAUACAUUACUUCCAUUAUCUUUGUAUAUUCAAUCAUGGAGGAAAAGCUAUUAGAACAACUUCACGAUGUUGAUAUGAGUUUAUUUUUAGUUCAUUAGUUUUACAGAAAUUUUCUAGUUAGGGUUCUUGUUUAGCAACAAUAGCAACUAACUGUUUGUUUAAGUAGAAAAAGAAUUAUUGGUUGGGAGUUGAGUUAGCUCACAGAACUGAUGUGAAGUUGCUGUGGGACUGGAGUGUCAAGACACUGCCAAGAUUCUGCCACACACACCACCAUUGGCACCACCAGCCCAGACAGGGUCUGUUGUGCCAUCCCUGGGAAGUCAGAGCCCAGGAGGGAGCCAUGCUCCUGCCAAAGGGUGGGGAGAGGGAAUAUAUUCCUUCCUCCAUCACCCUUAGGAAGAGAAAGGGGAAGAGACUCGACUAGCACUGGGAUUUAUAUGCUAAACAUCUGAAACUCAGGUGUUCUGUACAGCUGGAAAUGCAUUUAUUUGCAGGUCGUGAAGGAUGAACUUAACCUUUGAAUAGGAUCAGUUUCUAUGUAGAGGGCUUUAUAUCCCUUAUGUUUAAUCUUUAUGAUCUUGUGUGAAAGUUUAUCAUGAUGCUGAAACAGUUUAUGUAAGGUACGGCACCUUCUGUGAGAACUGGAGCUCUAAUUUGAUUUUAGGUGUGGUUGGUCUGGAAGCUCUGACCUUAUUGUUAACCUUACUGCAUCAGUCUGUCAUUCAGUAUUAUGAUCAUGAACAAACUGUUUUGGCAAAAUUUGUAUUAGUGUUAAUUAUGUUAAUAUUGUAUUGAACAUCCAUUAAGUAGAUGUAUAUUUUAAAAACUUGUAUACAUUGAGCUUCCCCUUGAUAAGCACUGUAAACAAACACAUUGUGUGUGUAUUCUCAUUUGAUCUUCUUAAAAGCCCUAUGAAAUAAAUGGUAAUUAAUGUA